AUGUCCAAGAGCCGACGCCGUCCCCUUGCACCUGCGACCCCCAACAAGCAUGCCUCUACCUCGCCGGAAAGCGACACGUCUCCGCCCAAGACGGAAGACGAGCGAAGUAAGCAUGCGGUCGCAGAUUCACCAGCAUACAGCGACGUUCUGAUACUCCCUGACUCGGCACUGUCAACGCUGCAGGUAUCGACACAUCACGACCCAUUCAGAACGUAUCCUUCUGAUUUGCCGACCGAGUUCGUCAGCCGUGUUCUUGAUCAGGUCAAAAACUUCCUGGGCUUGAUGUUCCCACCUGAAGCAGGUCAAACCAUCCAUCCCCUUGCCAGCACUUGGCUUCAGAUGGCUUUUCGCGACCGAGGCCUGUUCCACGCGUCUCUCUUUUGCCAGCUUACUCGGAAUCGUAUCUUCUAUCCGUCGGCGGUCUUUCUAGAGUCACGCGAGACGAUGCAGUGCUACACUGAAACCAUACGGGGUGUUCAUCAGAAAUUUCUGGACAGCUCCAUGAGCUGCGAGGAUGAAAACAUCCUAUCAGUCCACUCUCUCACAUAUCAUGGCGAUCUGAGACGCCACGCUCCUGCGAUUGCUCCCUCUCAGGGCCCUCUCACCACUUUGCAACUCCUUCACGUUUAUGGCGGCCGUUUAGAGACGGUGCAAGUCCAUCUCCAAGGCCUCGCUAAAAUGUUGACUUUACGUGGCGGACUAAACAAGCUCAAGUUGCCCGGUUUGGCUCAGACCAUCUCCUUCGGUGAUAUCGUACUGUCUUGUCAGAAUCUCGCCCCUCCCAUGUUACCGUAUGUGACGAUUCAUGAUGACAUUGUCAGCCUGCUGAAUUCGGCAUCACGAAAGACUCAUCCCCUGGUCGGUCUAGGGAGGGGUUUCCGUGUGUUGCCCGAAAUUCUGGGGCAUGCGCAUGAAGAUGUUUCCAAACUCUUAGUAGUCCUGAAGUGGAUAAUACAAUACACCUUUGCGGUGGACGAUCAUGUGCAUGCACGUCCUGAGAGCCAAAUACAACGCGUCCUGAUGGAUGAACGAAAUUUUGUUCAACAUAACCUAAUGCAGCUCAUGCCCGAUGCACUCCCACACGGCGAAGAGCAUCCGCUGUGUCGCCUAGCGCUCCUGGGGACUGUCGUCUAUAGCUUGCUCGUGGUGUUUCCAUUGCCCGCAGUCGCAGCUCCCUUUGGCCGGUUGUCUUCAGAUAUCAUCAAACAGUUGUGCUUACCCGAUGUGCAGGCUUGCUGGAACGAAGCGGCGGAUCUGAUGCUGUGGGUUACCGUCAUGGGAGCAGUCGCCAGUAUCGGUACUUCCGAUCGACCGUGGUAUCUGGCGACGCUCGAUCGGUUAACCAGAGAGCUAGACAUCAACUCCUGGCACAGUAUGAAGGAAAAUCUGAAGCUUUUCUUGUGGUUCGAAUAUACGAACGACUCCGAUGGAAUGAAGCUGUGGAGAGAUAUCGAGGAAUCGAGUGUUUCCAGAGUCUCCAGAGACACUACGGAGGUAGAGUUUGUCAAGGAAUGA